GCCCUUUGGCUCUCUUCAAAGGCUUAUUCGUUUUUGAAGUCUCGACGGCCUUUGCUUUUCCACGAUCCUGACCUCACCUUCUCCGUUAUUUGAUAGAGGGACUCUGAGAAUUCGAGACUCUAAGCGGUCGGUCCAAAACUGAAGACUAGAGAGAUGAGUCAAACGUCAUCUGGAAUGGUCGGUGUUGGCAAUGUUGCCACCAAUUGUACGCUCCCAUUAUCGUUACCUUCAUCAUCUUCAUUUGCUUCCUUCUGUUCUAACACCACCAUCAAACGCAAGGGAGUAGUAGUGUUCGAUUAUUGGGCCGCUACUAACUGUAAUCAUAAAUAUAUUCAAAAGGGAAGGAAAAGAGGAUAUCGGAUCGUGGCAUCAAGCAACGUUGCUUCUCCAUCUAUAUGGGAUGAUUGGAAGCCUCUCAAAGCCCCUUCCACUCCUUCCCUCAGUGACAUUCUUUGGCCCUCUGCUGGGGCAUUUGCGGCCAUGGCAGUAUUGGGAAAGCUUGAUCAGUUAUUGGCACCAAAAGGACUCUCAAUCGCAUUUGCACCAUUUGGGGCUGUUUCCACUGUCCUCUUUGCCACUCCCACUGCCCCUUCUGCCAGGAAGUACAGCAUGUUCAUGGCUCAAAUAGGUUGUGCAGCAAUUGGUGUUUUGGCAUUGACAAUAUUUGGACCCGGAUGGCUUGCCAGGAGUGCUAGUAUUGCAGCAUCCGUUGCUUACAUGAUUUGCACCAACUCCGUUCACCCCCCAGCUGCUAGCAUGCCAUUGCUUUUCAUUGAUGGUCCAAAGUUCCAUCACUUGAAUUUUUGGUAUGCUUUGUAUCCCGGGGCUGCGGCAUGCAUUCUGCUUAGUUUGGUGCAAGAGGUGGUUAUAUACUUCAAGAAAAAUUUCAAAUUUUGAUCGCCUCUCUGCGCAUUGAUACAUCUCUUCUGCGGUCUCUUCCAAUUUGAUUUGCCUAAGGGCCAAG